AUGUCUCAAGUACCGUUGGUUCGUAAGGCGAUAGUGGGAGCGGCGUUGGCCAAUGCAUCCACUUCGAGCAACCCCAACCCCGAGGUGGGUGGGGAAGGUCAAGAAAAUAAUUGGACCCCAGCAGCUUUAGAAAGGGCUGGAUCCACUUUGAAAGCACUGAAUCGCAUGGCCAAACGACCACCAGUUCAUCUCGUGUUUGAGGAUAUUUCCUACACCGUUAAUUCACAUAAAGGAGAACGCAGGAUUCUUCACAAUGUCUCCGGGGAAUUCCGUUCUGGGGAACUCACCUGCAUUCUUGGUCCAUCUGGAGCAGGAAAAUCUACACUUUUGAACAUACUGGCUGGCUAUAAUUCAAACGGAGUGAAGGGCAGAAUAACAGUGAACGGUCACACUCGUGAAAUGAAGCUGUUCAAGAAACUCAGUACAUACAUCAUGCAGGAAGACCUGCUUCAACCAAGGUUGACAGUGCAGGAGUCUAUGAUGAUAGCAGCCAACUUGAAACUAGGGCAAGAGUUGGGCAAGGCUGAGAAAGAACUAAUAGUAGAAGAAAUUCUUCAAACUCUUGGCUUAUGGAAUCAUAAGAACACAAUGACUGAAAAACUAUCAGGAGGUCAAAUGAAGAGGCUGUCUGUUGCUCUGGAGCUGGUCAAUAACCCACCCAUCAUCUUUUUGGAUGAGCCUACAACUGGCCUGGACAUCGUCUCCAUCCGUCAGUUGGUGGUACUCCUCCGUCUCCUGUCUCGUCAAGGCAGAACGAUCGUGUGCACAGUCCAUCAGCCAUCCGCCUCGUUGUUCGCCCUUUUCGACAGAAUCUACGUGUUGGCACGAGGAAUGUGCUGUUAUCAGGGUGCCCCUCAGCUCAUAGUGCCGUUCUUGGCUGAAGCUGGCCACGUCUGCCCAAAGACGCAUAACCCAGCAGACUUCGUACUGGAAACUCUAGCCACUGACAUUGAAACAACUGCACCAUUAUCAGAGCUGUGCCAGAAUGGAAAACUUUCCAGAAGAUUGGAUAGAAUGAUACCUAGAGGCCGAAAACCCGUACUGCAUUCAGAAGAGUCAAUUCAGAGAAUAUUCACGGAGCAUGUGGCAAAAGAUCAGCUUUCUAAAGUUGAAUUUCCGACGUCCUUCUGGGCACAAUUUCUUAUAUUGAGCAAACGAAUGUUUACACAGAACCGGAGAAAUUCGACUUCAAUAUGGAUUCAAUUGGUCCAUCAUAUUUUAUCAGCUACACUUCUGGGCAGUAUAUUCUUCAAUGUUGGUAACAACGCAGCGAAUCCUGUGGUCAACUUCAAAUUUUGUUUGAGUUGUCUAGUCUUCUUCAUGUACACGCAUACUAUGAUUCCUGUUCUCAUAUUUCCAUUCCAGGUACGCUUACUUCGACGAGAAUAUUUUAAUCGCUGGUACAGUCUCAAAGCAUACUAUAUGGCUUUGACAUUAGCCAGUGUUCCAAAUAUGAUAAUUCUUGGAAUGUUAUUCCUGGUUAUUUCCUAUUUGAUGUCUGGUCAGCUACUGGAAUGGGAUCGCUUCAUAUUGUUUGCGAUCAGUGGUUUGCUCAUAGCUACGUGCUCUGAAGGACUUGGGUUAGCUGUAGGAUCUGCUUGCAACGUUACUAACGGCUCCAUUGUGGCUCCAGCAAUUGCGGCUCCUCUUCUCGCCUUAUCCUGUUACGGUAUGGGGUACGGACCCUAUAUCGAAAGCACAAUGAAAGCCCUCAUGUCGGUUUCCUUCCUACGAUACGGCGUGACGGGAUUCUCAAUAGCCCUCUACCAGAAUAGACAGAAGAUGGAAUGUAAUGAAGAAUUCUGCCUUUAUUCCGAACCAAGGCUAUUAAUAAGGGAUUUAGGCAUGGAAGGAGAUACCUAUAUAAUUCAAGUCAUUGGCUUACUAGGUUUUACCGUUCUUCAUAGGUCAUUAGCGUACCUCGCAUUAAGGUACCGAUUAACAAAUGAAUUUUCAAAUAAAUUCAUGUGUUAUGUUAGUAAAUUUUUGAAACAUAGAUAA